UGGAGCUGUAGUCAGGAGAAGAAAACGAAUAAAUACUGGCUGAUCGUGACUCAAUUAUUUUUGUCUAACUAAAUUUGAUUAAUUGAAGUGAAUUAUGGCAACAAUAACUGAACCAAUACCUACUUUAAAAAAGGAUGAUUUAAUAACUAUGCUUGAUGCAAAGAGCUCUUAUGUUCCGGCUAGUGAAGAUGACUUAUCUGAUGUCUAUACUAGAUUGAAAAAGCUACAACGGCAAUUAGAAUUUCUUCAAGUCCAGGAAGAAUACAUUAAGGAUGAACAGAAAAAUCUGAAGAAAGAAUACCUUCAUGCCCAAGAAGAGGUUAAACGUAUUCAAAGUGUUCCCUUGGUUAUUGGACAGUUUCUUGAAGCUGUUGAUGCUAACACUGGUAUUGUUGGAUCAACAACUGGAUCUAACUAUUAUGUGCGAAUAUUAAGUACCAUUGAUCGAGAAUUACUUAAGCCUUCAGCUAGUGUCGCCUUACAUAAGCACAGUAAUGCUUUGGUUGAUGUUUUACCACCUGAAGCUGACUCUUCUAUCGCUAUGUUGAGAGCUGAUGAAAAACCUGAUGUUAGUUAUGCAGAUAUUGGUGGUCUCGACAUUCAAAAGCAAGAAAUUCGUGAAGCAGUAGAGCUUCCAUUAACUCACUUUGAAUUGUAUAAACAAAUCGGUAUUGACCCACCUCGUGGUGUUCUCAUGUAUGGUCCUCCAGGUUGUGGUAAAACUAUGUUAGCCAAAGCAGUUGCUCAUCAUACCACUGCAUCUUUCAUUCGUGUUGUUGGUUCUGAGUUUGUCCAAAAGUACCUUGGUGAAGGUCCUAGGAUGGUCCGAGAUGUGUUUAGACUAGCGCGAGAAAAUGCCCCGGCAAUUAUAUUUAUUGAUGAAAUCGAUGCUAUAGCAACCAAGAGAUUUGAUGCUCAAACUGGUGCUGACAGAGAGGUUCAAAGAAUCUUGUUAGAAUUAUUGAAUCAAAUGGAUGGGUUUGAUCAAAGUACUAAUGUUAAAGUAAUCAUGGCCACUAAUCGGGCAGAUACUUUGGACCCUGCUUUACUCCGUCCAGGACGUUUAGACAGGAAAAUUGAAUUCCCGUUACCAGAUCGUCGACAAAAACGUCUUGUUUUCUCAACCAUCACUGCAAGGAUGAAUCUCAGUGAUGAAGUAGAUUUAGAAGACUAUGUGGCUCGACCAGAACGUAUAUCUGGUGCUGAUAUAAAUGCUAUUUGCCAGGAGGCUGGUAUGCAUGCAGUUAGAGAGAAUCGUUAUGUCAUUCUUCCAAAAGAUUUCGAAAAGGGUUACAAAAACAAUACUAAAAAAGAUGAAGCCGAACAAGAAUUCUAUAAAUAAUUUUCCUAAUCAUUAAAUAAAUCAUGGAAUAAAGAUUUUUUUCAAGCAGCCUACUAAA